ACACGGCCACGGCAAGUGUACCGACCGUACCGCGCUACUCGUACUAAACGAUGGCCACGUACCGUAAGUACAUACUGUCAUAAUGGCGAUUGCGACCGGCCGCUCGUUCAGCGUUCGCUAUCCUCCAAACCGGGCCGAUCUGGGGCUCGAUUCGGGAGAAAAUAACGGAUACAUUCGCACCACCGUGUCACCGAUGAACCGGGAAAACUACAACCCGUACUGGGCUUGGCUGGGGCUGAACGAUUGGAAGAAAUACGGGAUUAACCCGAGGACUGUGGUCGCGGGAGCAGCGGCCGUUCUGGCCGUAGUCAUGUACUUUUUGCAGGAGAGCCUGUUGGCUUUGCUCCACAUGCUGUGCGGCCUCUUCGCGCCGGUCUUCAGCAUCAUCUGCGCCUUCUACUGGCUCGCCCUGUACCUCCGAAAGUCCUGGACUGGUACCAAUGUCUACGUGUUUUUCGUGGCCUGCGUCUUUGGCGAGAUCGCGGGACAGGUGGUGUUUGGCACGGAAAAUAUUUACCGUGCCUGGCUGGUGGGUAGCGUUCUUGGCACGGCCAGCCUGGCAAGCCUGACCUCCACCUUGCCCACAUCUCGCUCGGCCCUGCUCCUGACCUUCCUCAGUUUCAUCCGGUUCUUGAGCGGCUCUACCCUCCACGGAUUGCGACCUUGGCUGAGGCCCUACGUGGCCUACCUCUGCGGGAUUUUAGGAUGCAUUUUGUCCAAGUACACGGAGACGCACGUCUUCAAACAAUCGCAAGUUGUAAACCACCUGACUCCAGACGGGAAGAUUCCAGUCAUCCGGAGACGGCGGACAUCCAGCCAGUCCAGCACGGCCAGCCUCAGCCACAAAACACGCCGGACUUCUCUUCCAGCGCUCUCGCAGAAAAAUCAAGUAAGUCUUCUAAUUCGUGUUGCAUCCUAAUCCUGGCCAUUCUUUUAUUUUUUAAGCCAGCAUUCUGUAAAGGAGCCUUCGGAGAGUGACU